AUGUCUUUUGUCAAGCUCAGCAUUUUCGGCACUUCCUUCGAGGUCACGACUCGAUAUGUGGAUCUGCAACCAGUUGGAAUGGGUGCAUUCGGCCUUGUUUGGCAAGAUGAAUUGACAGCAGCUGCGGUCGCGAUCAAGAAGAUCAUGAAACCCUUUUCGACGCCUGUCCUUGCUAAACGCACAUAUCGCGAACUCAAGCUCCUCAAGCACAUUAAACACGAGAACAUUAUUUCCCUGAGCGAUGUGUUUAUUUCCCCACAAGAAGACAUUUACUUUGUUACAGAACUGCUCGGAACCGACUUGCACCGACUCCUCACCUCGCGUCCGCUCGAGAAGCAGUUUAUUCAAUAUUUCUUGUACCAGAUCCUUCGCGGCCUCAAAUACGUUCACUCGGCAGGAGUCAUUCACCGUGACUUGAAGCCUUCUAAUAUCCUCGUCAACGAAAAUUGCGAUCUUAGGAUCUGUGAUUUUGGCCUGGCAAGGUUGCAGGAUCCUCAAAUGACCGGAUAUGUUUCCACACGGUACUAUCGUGCCCCUGAGAUCAUGCUGACAUGGCAAAAGUACGACGUAGCGGUUGAUAUUUGGAGCACUGGCUGCAUUUUUGCGGAGAUGCUCGAGGGCAAGCCACUCUUCCCCGGGAAGGAUCACGUGAACCAAUUCUCCAUCAUUACCGAACUCCUUGGCACACCUCCGGAUGACGUUAUUCAGACCAUCUGUAGCGAGAACACUUUGCGAUUUGUACAAAGCUUGCCCAAGCGAGAACGUAUACCUUUCUCGCAAAAGUUCAAGACCAAUGACCCAGUUGCCCUCGACCUCUUGGAACGAAUGCUUGUCUUUGACCCCCGAAAACGUAUCACUGCCGCCGAAGCUCUCUCGCACGAGUACGUGGCGCCUUACCACGACCCAACCGACGAGCCCAUCGCAUCGGAACCGUUCGACUGGAGCUUCAACGAUGCGGAUCUUCCGGUCGAUACCUGGAAGGUCAUGAUGUACUCGGAGAUCCUCGACUUCCACCAAAUCGUCGAGCAGGAUGUCGAACCCAACAACCCGCAAGGGGCUCUGGCCGCCCCCGUAGGACAGGUCGUCUAA